AGCGAUAUAAGUCAAAGCACCGAGAGCUUCAAGUUCGGAAUAUUUUGUAUCGUUGUUAUGAAAAAUACGUAAAGUAGUCUCCCUUUGUUGAUGUUUGGAGACAGAUAUGCCUUUUGGCAUAUGUACGAAACCUUCAAAAGAUGAGUUAGCAAAGGAAAUAUCCGUGCGUGUUGAAAUACCGAGCCAAUCUUAUAUAGAAGUUGCAUUAAACAAAGAUGCUCUCGGUCUGGAAUGUUUGGAAAACGUCGCUAAACAUCUUGGCCUUCCGCAGGUAAGAAUUUAACUAAAAAAACGUGCGAUGAAUGAACUUGUUACUUUUAAGAGUGGCUAAACAGUAUUUAAGACAAAUAGCAAAAUUUUUCUUGUGUAGUGGAAAACAAAGAGAAUCACAGUUGGAAAGGGCUGUUAUAUAUAGUUGCGAUGCUGGGAGGGCUUUCAACUCGAUUUCGCGAUCGUGCUCAAGCUCAUUUUGGAUUUACCGAAAGUCGGGGUUUGAUUAGUUACAUUUACGGUAAGUUCAAAUUAUUUGAAGGGUCAUCCAUCCUUAAUUACAAGGACUUGUAACAUAUUGUGUUAUUUGCAGUAGUCCACUAAACUUGGUGAAAAAUAUGCCGAGAUGGGAAACAUGCCGUCCGAGUUUUAUAUUAAUCGGCUUUUUUCGUGCCGAUGCGAUAGAUCGUCACUGAAUGUUUACACGCUUGUCGUGCAUCUUCGCAUAGUUUACGAUUAUCUGCAGUGACUAUUGUACUUAAACAUCAUUUGUAUUCGUAUUUGUGUUAUAUAUACACAAACUUCGGAUUAAUGCAAACUCAGGUGAAUGCAAGGAUCGUUCGCUGAAGAUGAUUGAGUACUUAAGUAUUGGUCAAGUUCUCAUCAAUAACAUUUUAUGGUUAACUUAAGCUAUUUAUGGCCAAAUGAAGCAAGAAUGUGGCCAAUAUAACCCCACAGUUGAAUAAUUUAAAUUGAUAAAAGCAGCUAACAGGGGACAAAAACACGGAAAGCGAAAGAAGUUCAUUGCUCAUCAGUGAACACGAUGCCUUUGGGAACCUGUUGUCCCAGAUUAAAUAAAUACUUAACUUGUCAAUUAAGCUUAAUUAAAUUAGCACUUAGAGACUCACGAUUUUUUGCCAACUACUGUCAUGAUCCAGUUCAUGACAAUCCAUUGACACUGCUGGAAAAAAUGUAUAAUUUGCAUUAGAAAUCUUCUUAAAGACAGGGGUUGAGAAAUGGGCAAAGAUUUGCUCUGCCAAAUUGCAUAAUUCUAGGGCCAUUUUUGAGAAUUCCAUGACUUUGUUCCGCUCCAUAAAGAGUGUAAACAAAACUAUGAUACUAAAUUGCAGGAACUUGAUUUGAUAUUAUGCAUUAUCUCACAGUCUCUACAGAAUAGGGUGAAACUUACAUGUGUUCUUUGAAAGGGUUUUUAACCUAGCUAGUUUAUCAAAUUAAAGUAGGUACAGUCCGUUAAAUACAGCUUGUGUUAAAGUGUUUAAUGUAGAUACAGUAACUUAUAACUAAGAGCACUCAAAGACUGUUUUCCGUAAAAUACCUCUUUGGAGAAGCAAAUAUUGCCAAGCAUUUUCUAUUAAUUGAGGACUGCUAAGAAUUUCCAGAUGACCGUUCUAUUCACAUACGUGUACAUGUUUUUGAAGCUUUCUAAUAAAUUCCCUAAGAUUUUCGGAAGUUUAAUUUUCACAUUUCACUCCCCAGGUUAGGCUGCUUUUUGUAGAGAAAAGGAAGUGUAAAAUUUUGAGAUCCAACAAUGUGAUGGAGAGAAGAAUCAGAAAAGUUCUCACUUUCGUGAUACAUUAAAUUGCAUCUAAAACAAAUACUGAAACCCUUGUAACUUUGAAAAGACUUAAGUUUUCCUAUGAUGACGGAACAGAUACAAAUUUUAUAGCGCCACUUACAAUGCAUUUCCAGAGAUCUAAAAGUACUCUUUAAUGUAUGCAGGUAGGAGGAAACAGUUGUUGGGUGCCUCUGUUAUAAUCCAGUGAAUAGCCAUCAACAAAGCAAUAAAUCAAUAAAGUGUUCCAAGUGGAAUAAGUGUACAUCCCUUGCACAAUAAUUAUUGUUAAUUAUGAUAUUAUAAAAAUUAACAAUUAUACAUGUAUAAAUGUGGGGACAGCAGAGUUUACAAAUUACUCUGUGAAAUCAGUUUGAUGUGCCCUUCUUUACAUAUGUUUCCUGCGUAAGAUGGGUUUCUAUAUGCAAGUUUAUUGAGAAAGUUGAAAUGAGAGGGAUGAAAGGGCAGGGAAGAAAAGGAAAUGCUAAUUGCUUACACUCCCCAUGAUUCUGAAUCAAAUUAUCAGGGUACAUUCAGUGAAAUUUUGAUCAAGCAAAAGGAAAUCGAGUUACAUACAUUGUUACUUACAUACAAACUUUAUUCAAGCAUCAAAGUCUCUUUGCAUGCCUAAGGGGGCCCACUUUACCUAUAAAUUAGUUAUUACCCCCCACAAUACAAUAUUAAGAUUUAUCACUAUAGCUGAACUAAUUAUUUCAAAAUUUUUCAGUAUAUUUUAAUGUUAUUAAAAGUAGUCAAUAAAAGAUAUCAGCUUCUAAGAAUCCAGUUCAAUCCAAAUCUAAAUUAAUGGUCAAAUAUCUAAGAAAACAGUUUCUAAAUUAUUUUCUUACAAAUUAUGCUUCACAGCUACUUUUAUACUGACUAAGGUCAUGCAUGAGUAGCAUCCAUUACAUGUUUCCCCUUGAAUUAACCCCUCCAAGGUUGUUUUUCUUUAUACUUUCUUUCAAUCUCUUUAGGGAUGUCUCAUUUCUAUCGCUCAUACUCAACUUCGACCAUAAGUAGGGUCUGAAAAACAUAAGUGAGUGUUUUCUGCAAGCAACAGUUCAAGUUAUCCAAGUAAAAAAAAAAAGUGAACCUGAAAAGUGGGUGAAAUUCAAGGGAAUUAAGACUUAGUUCGAGUUAGUGGCGAGUUUAAGUUAUCCGAGUUUGCGUUACUGGGGUUGUACUGUAAAAAAAAGUGUAUAUUGUGCACUUGUGUAUUAAUUUCACAAAGGUAAAGCGGAAGAAGUAAUAAAAACACUGAUAAUGAGUAAAGAAAUUAAUAAACUUCUAAUACCUUACUCCUGAACAAUUGGCUGCUAUGGGCUGCGAAGGCUUUCGUGUCGGCAAACAAUGAACAAAUUACACAAGUGGGACUAAUUUCAAUUUCAAUGUGUUUCAACAACAAAAAAUCACAGAAAAGCGAUUACAAUGAAAGUAAAACCAGGAAAGAAAUAGAGAAUUAAAAAAAAGAUGCCUAACGUAUACCAAAGGGGAAAAAUUCCUACUAAAAUUUAACUGCAAUACUUACAGUGAUACACUGUAAAUGUAUGUUAUCAUGGACGGUCGGUGUAUUACAGCAGCUAAUAUUAAUCCUUUGCUUUUCUGCUGCUUAAAGUAUCCAUAAGUUUUAAACUGUUGUUCUUGCCAAUAAUGACUAGUGUUAAUGAUGAAUUUCACGGCUAACUCUCAAUUAGCUGCUCUCGUUUCUUAUCUUGUUAGGUGAUGUGUUGUUUUUUGGUUGUGCUAGCCACAAGCUGCAUGACGACGAGUGAAAUUUUGUUGUGGUUUUCUAAGGUCUUCUUGGCAUUUUUCUUGGCCUUAUCCUCAUCAAUUAAUUUUUCCAGCAAAACAGAAACACACAUGUUUUACUGACGGGGCCUACGUCACAACCAAAUUUUCUCGCAUCAAUACAUUUAUGUAGGUUUCUAAUCUCUAUAGCAAUGGGGCUCUGUCAAGCACAUGAAGCAUGCUUGGAAGCUCCGCUUUUAAAGGUAAUUACCAAAAUUGGCAAGGGUCAAUUACUGUUUAUACGGUUAUUUAAUGUAAUAAUCAAUAUUACAUGUUGCGUUGUUUACAUUUGGGUAUAAGUAAUGCUGUACACAUGUAGCUCUCAAAUAACUAGCAUUUUUAAAAACAUCAUGCACUUUCAUUCAAUAUGCAGAUUGAACACUAUGGUUUGUCUUACAAAACCAAGCGAGGACAUGAAUGGUGGUUAGUUCUAGAAAAACCCAUCAGGAAGCAGCUAGAAAGGAAUGCAGCCAGUGGACUAUAUAAUGCUGAACUUAAAUUUAAAGUCCACUUUUUUGUGGCUGACUCCUCUUGGAUAAGACUUCAGGUCAAUUCUACCAGGUAAACUUAGACUUUCUAAAAUUGUGAAAGGCGUGGUGCAAAACAGGCAUAAGUAAUAAUUAAGCUGACAAUAGACCAUUUGCACCAAGAGGUCAUGUGACAUCAUUUUUAUGAAAAUGAAAGUUAUAUGAUUUUGCCUACUAAAAACGAUUAGUGUGUGGAUCAUAUCUUAAACAAAAUAAUAGUGAUUUGGUUUUUCAAACCCGCACCAUUUUCUUAAAAAAAUGAGUAAGUUCGCAGCUGGUAACAUGACCAAAAUGUGAUUUUUAAAAUAAUGAAUUACCUCUCUGAACACAAAUUUUGCACUUAAACUUCAAGGAAAAUGUUGAAAAGAUGACGUGGUAACGUUUACAGCACAUCUGAGCAUAACUAUCAAACGUUUAACAAGAUGUAAGCAAAAAGUAGUUUUGGCUGCCAUGUUGGAGGGCAAAAGUAUGCCCUCCAACAUGGUGGCCAAUACAAAUCAUACUACUUUGCUGAAAAAUCAAAGUGCCAUAAAAUAUCUCCCUUAAAUAUGUUUCCUCUUAAAUUUCGGGUGUAAGAUAAUUUUUAUGUGCUCUGUCAAUUUUUGGCAUCAGCACAAUUCCAACUCAUUGUUGAUCACGUGACCUCUUAGUGCAAGUGGCCUAUUAUUGUCAAUUUUUCUGGAAAAAAAAAUUGUCCAUAUUGGUGUUCUGUUUGGACUCCAAAACAACCUCUCUGCUUGACAGCAAUAACAACAGCUUUUGUCAUGAUGAUCUCGCACAUCAUGUCCAGGCCUGAACAAUGGGACAGAUUUAGACUCUUAGUGAAGGACAUUUAAAUUAAGAACAAUAUCUCAGAGGCAUUCUGCCAUUUUCUUUUGGUGGGUUAAUCAGAAGAAAAAUCUUUGGCUUUUUAUACAUGUAUCUGCAUGCUCAUGGUAAUUCAAUUAUCUUAAAUAGAUCUUUUCUUGGUAAGGUCAAAAUAAAAUUCAGGUUAAUUAACAAAUCAACAACAAUUUUCCAUGGUCUUAGUAACUCUUAUUGACCAUAGAAUUGAUAUCAAAACGUUCCAAACUUUGGUUUCACUGCAGACUUUUAAACAUUUGGACAUCUUUGUAUGCUCGAUAAGAGUACAGACUGGGAAAUUGAUGUUGAUUUGCUUUUUACAAUAACAUUGACAGUUUUGAAGUCCAUAUCAGUUGAAGUUUCUUGGAAAAUUGUGCACGUGAGAGAAAAACAAAUUGCAUCACCAUCACAUCAGUUCCAUGGUGUGUACACUUAUCAAACAUAACUCUCUUCAUCAAUCGAUCAACGCGUGAGAAAUUGCUCAGUUAUGGUAAAAACACAGUUUCAACCUAGUUUAUUGUCAUUUUCCUUAUUCACUGAAUUUCCUAUUUUAAUUGCUUGGCUUUUCUCAGGAGGCUUUACUACUUGCAACUAAAGAGUCAAAUUCUUGAAGGCAGCCUCUCAUGUGGAAAGGACACUGCUGUUUUACUUGCAUCAUACUCUGCUCAAGGUGAGGGAUAUUCCUCAGAUCCUUGGUGACUGAGUAGUUCUACAUGUAUUUACAUGCACGUACAUCAAUCCCAUGUACCACAGCUUCAACCUACCUUGCACCCUUAUUUAUUUACACCAAAGAACCCUAACUUUUUCCCGUUAUUCAAAAAUAUGUUUAUAAAAUUAAUUAUAAACAGGUCAGCCCAGAGAAAAAUUGUGUAUUAUAUUUCUCACCUUUAAAACAUCAAUUGUGUUUAGCGGAGCUUGGUGACUAUGAAGCUGAGAAAUUCAGUAGCUACAUUGAAGAUCAGAGCCUUUUCCCUUGGGUAAGUUUUCAAUUGCAGUAAUUUAGUUUCAUUGAUAGUAACAUACACUGUAAUAGGUUGAGUUUGAUCGUCCGGGUGAACGUAGUCCUGAAUGGGACUGUUGUUGUUGACAGUGACUGACAUUUCGACAACCUGUGCGGAAAUCAUCUUUAAAGUCAAAGUGAGUUGUAUCACGUCAGUUGAUGGUAUUAUACUCUGGUUAUUGAUCUGAUUGGUCAACUGUGUCGCGAUGUUAUUGGUCGCCUGUCAGUUAAGCUGUGAUGUUAUUGGCUAUGAAGACUCGUAAUCAGUAAUUGGUGCAUUUCGAUCCGUAUUUUUUCACAGUUAAACAGUCGUCUAUUGUUAGUCACAUUGUCACUUCUCUGGUCAUUCUCUCGUAGUUUGCUUGAUCUCGUCAAUAAGUCUUUUGUAUGGCCCUGGUAACUGUUGGCUACCAUUCAGUGGCAUUUGUUUUAAGUUAGUAAACCAGCUUUCUAAAGUAAGACGUUGAUAGUAGUCUGUAGAAUACAUUAUACAUGUCGCAGAGUCCCAGUCAUUUUGAUGUUUCGUCUUUAAGGACAAAGACAAACCGGAGGACAGACAGGGAGCAGUAUACAAGAUCAAAUGCUGGAACUGCCAGGCUUCUUACAUUGGUGAAACCGGCAGAAACCUAAACACGCGACUGACCAAACACAAACGAACACAAACGAGCGACAAGGAAUGGUGAUGUCAACAAUCACAAUUGCUGAGCACCAUUUAAAGACGAAACAUCAAAUUGACUGGUUCUCUGUGACGUGUAUAAUGUAUUCUACAGACUACUAUCAAUGUCUUACUUUAGGAAGUUGGUUGCUAACUUAGAACAAACGCCACUGAAUCGUAGCCAACAGUUACCAGCACCGUACAAACGACUUAUUGACGAGGUGAAGAAAACUAUGAGAGAACGACUGGAGAACUGACAAUUUGACUAACAAUAGAUGACUGUUUGACUGUGACAAUAGAUGGAUCGAAACGCACCAAUUACUGAUUACGAGUCUUCAUUGCCAAUAACAUCACGGCUUAACUGACAGACAACCCAACAUUGCGACAUAAUUGACCAAUCGCAUCAAUAACCAGAGUAUAAUACCAUCAACUGAUGUGAUACAACUCACUUUGACUCUGAAGAUGACUACUGCACAGGUUGUCGAAACGUCAGUCACUGUCAACAACAACAGUCCUAUUCAGGACUACGUUCACCUGGACGAGCAAACUCAACCUACUUUUGAAAUGACUCCUGGGUUCAAAACGUUCACAGUUAUAGACUGUAAUUUUAUUUACUACAUGUAUGUAACAAGAUGAAAAGAGAAUAAAAGCAUUACAUGUAAAAAUCAUUUGCACCGAUCUGCCUCUCUCUUAUGUCAUUUCUUGGCUUUCUUAAUUGCCUUCACAUAAAUCAAACUCCAUCAAACAAACUCCUUUCCAUCAAGCUUCCUCUUUGUAAUAUUAAUAAUUUUAUAGAAAUUAUAGUAGCUGAGAAGGCUGUCAAAUAUGCAAGGGAAAAAUAUUAUUCGCAUUAGCCUGCAUAGCUGGGGGCAUUGUUAUGGUGUGCAUGUGACAUUUUUGGUAGUGCAUGAAACCACCCUGGCAUGAUUGAGAAAUUUUAUCUGCCAUAUAGCAUAACUUUUUUUAAUGUCACUCACUUUUUAAUAAGCACUUUGUUGUAAACAAUAGCUGUAACAGCCAAUCAGAGUUAGGGUGUAAUGCAAAAACCCACAUUAAUAAAUUACCAGCAUGCAGGGGUUGUGCGUAAAAACAAAAAAAUUAUUGUUUUGGCACAGAAGCAACCAAAACAUGGACGAUUGUCAAGUAAAGUUGCAUUUAACAAUUUAGUGUAAAUUAUGAUAUGCAUGUAAUCUACAGUUUUGUAAAGUCAAAUUUGCAGAUUUCCUUAAUAGUAGUACACAUUGUAUGUUUCAACAGAAAACCUGUUUCCACAUACAGUAACGAAAUUGUGGUGGACUUGUAGUCAUUGAAACCUAGCAAUUUAGCAACUCAUGUCUAUUUAUUCAUUCAUAAUACUUUUCAGUGGCGAAACAAUGAUAGAACAAGUCUUCGUGGACUUACUUCCUCAACAAAGCUAAGAUCUUGUAAAUAAUAAAACUUGUACCGAAACUGGGCAGCAAAUCCUUUGCAGAAGUUUCCAGUUCUUCUUGCCUUCCUUCUAAUCAUUAACAUAUUAAAAGAAAAAGAUUUUGAUAAGUCAUUCUCAAUAGAGAGGAGAAGGGUGACAUCACAUAACCAACUGGAUCACAACAAUAGGGAGCUUAAGCGACGGCGACGUUGACGGGAACGAGAAAGACUCAAAAGCAAUAGGUUUAUAUUAGCAAAACAACAACUUUGCUCCUGCAUCACGCUAUUUUGUACAUUUCUUAGCUGUUGCUUAGUGCUACACAACUGCGACAUGAAACUUCCUAAUACACGGCUGCUUUAGGAAGUACUGGUGAGCACAACGCAAAAAUUGUCUUUUUUUUUCUAAACUUAGACAUGGUCCUUUUGGAUUCAACCCCUGAAAUUUUGCUAACAUUUGACAAAUUAAAUGAAAUCGAACAAGAUCGAUGAGGUUUGUAACCAUGUGAAUUCGCUUUUUUAGUGAUGUUUUCGGUUUGUUAUCAUCCAGAAAUUUUGCUACCAUGGCAAUGUGACGUAACGACUUUUCCUCUCUAUAAGACAUUUUAUAGUACUGCCAGUAACAGCGUGGUUAGAAAAUGUUGUGAUUGGGUUUGUUUCCGAUGAGAGACGUGAGCUCUCAGGUACUCUCAUUUUGACUGACAUGUUUCUACUCUCAGCCUAUCGAAUAUAAUUCUGUCCACACUGUGUGACCAAACCAUUCUAAAAAUCAUGGCUUUCCUACGCCCACAGGCGAGGUUUCAAAGUCUCUCCUCCCUAUUCUCCAAGUACUAACAAUCCCGCCAGCUACACAGAUGAAAUUUACAGAAGAAGAAAUUUUUAUUUUGCCCUCUGAAAAGAAGAAGUGUUGGAAAAUUUGUUUAUGUGUAUGAUGUGCUUCACAGUGGGACAACUGAUCCCAUUUGCAGUGAAACCAGUGAGAUGUUUGCAUUCCACAUCAUGUAUAUUAACAUGCCUAUUCAGGACCGGGGAAUCAUGUGCAGUUCAAUUUCAACUUUCUUUACAACUUUCAACUGACUGGAAUUUUAUGUUCGUUGUCUGCAAAUACAUUGUGCGUAACUGUUUUAAAACAAUUUUUGUACCGCAGAAUGUUGCUGUUAACCAUUCAAGGGAUAUCCUUGAACAGCAGGUACUAAUUUAUAUUGUCUUAUAUAUGAAUUAUUUUUAUAUUGUCGAUAGUGUCCUUAUUUCGUCCAGAGAGUUAUAUCAUGUAUGAUGUUGACUUUUCUUCUUAGUGGUGAUUCACUGUCAAAUUUGUUGUAUCGCGCUGUGCGUUUUGCAAACUUCUAAGCAAUUUUGGGUUUUUCUGUUCUGUCAAUUAUCUUAGCAGACCUCUCAGGAAAUACAUGGUUACCUGAACGAGUUCAAAAGGUCAUGGUUUGUGAUUUGUGAUUGGUGGAUUUCGAUUCGUUUGGUUUGUUUCUAUGUUUCAAAGCUCAUUGCUUGUGAUCAUCCUGUUUUGGGCUAUAAUCAACUAGUUUGCUUCAAAGAUUUUUCCAGUAUUUCUCAUUCUUGUCAUUUGCAAGAAUAAAGCCAUUUCUGCCUCCUUUCCUGGGCAAAAAUUCCACUCAUGAUCGGGAUUUCCUUUGCCAUUCCCUGUUUUGUUUUUGGGGCCAAGCUGGGCGAGCAUGUUAAAACACUGUGAUUCGCAUUAACCCCGCCCCACUAAAAUAAUUGACAGAAACAGAAAAACCCAAAAUAGAUAGAUACGUUUUUUAAUGAGGGUUUCACUUGAUAUCCACAGAUAAUAUACGCGUGGCCCACAACAAAAAAUUAAACAUAAAAAAAUUAAACAAAAUUAAGUAGAGAUUAAUGUACAAAAUUCUAGAAAGUCUAACUUACGAAUAAUAGUUACAGACAAUAUGGUCAUAAAAGGUAUGCUGAAAUGUACUGAUCAACUGGACCUCUUUGAUGUCUUUUGGGAGUUUGUUUGCGCUCCUAGCUGCUGAAAACUUAAAAGCAGUUUUUGCCAUACUAGUCCUAACUUUUGGUAGUAUCAAAGUAUGCUUUGCAUUUCUUGUGCUCGCAUUAUGAAUGUCAUUAGACAUUGUUAACAUAGCUCUUAUGUUAUUUGGUGCGAGAUUGUUGAGGGCCUAAUGAAAACUAAGAUAUUCCACGAGUAGCCCAGUCUUUUAUCAAACGGCAAGAUAUUCAGGUCUUUGAAUAGAGGUCAUGAUGGAGUGUGUCAUUUUUUUGUCCAGGAGUAUUCUGGCACAUCUUUUCUGCAAUUUGAUAAUUCUUGGAUGUGCCGUUUGUUCCUGGGUCCCCAGACAACCACUCCAUUUUCCAGUAUUGGCUGGAUAAUUGAGUUAUACAUGUGGAACAAAGUGCUUGCUUUUAGCAAAAGAAGUUUCUUUGUUCUUUUCAGUAGGCCAAGUCCAAGUUCCCUAUUUUUUCUUUAACACAAGCCAUAUGUUGUCCCAUGUUAAACAGUUGUCUAACUUUAGGCCAAGUAGUUCAUCUUCCGCUAAAGAAUCAAGUUGGCCCUUAUGUGCUUAUCUGUUCUCACUUUAAGAUUUUUACCAACCGAGCCCCGAAACUUUGGCUUGCUGCAGACAGUUAUUGACUUUGUCUUGCUAUGGUGUAAAACCAUUUUAUUUUCAUCGACCUGUCUACUUUGAAGCCGUAGUUCAUGAGUGAUGAUGGUCCCUACCUCUUCAACAGUAUAUACCCAUGUAAUUUGUGUUGUAUCAUCAGCAUAAAUUUCGACAGUACUUCCAGUGAGACUUCACUGGAAGUGGCAGGUAUAAUAAUAAUAGGGGACUGAGAUCGAACCUUGAGGAACGCCAGUGGUAAUAGAUUGAGGAGACGAUAGUCGUCUUUGUAUCAUGACUUUCUGCUUACAUUCCUUAAGAUAUGAGUUGAACCACUCGAGAGUCAUCUACCUGAGACUCCAUAGAUGGCGCGUUUCUUUAACAAUAUAGCAUGGUCAAUCAGGUCAAAAGCCUAGUGGUAAUCAAUAAGAUUUAAACCAGAUAUCAAUCCGUUAUCCAUGUUGGUAACUAAGGUGUCUACUAACUUUAUCAAAGCUCUAUCACAAUAGAGAUGGGAAUGGAAUCCUGAUUGGUGUAUACUCAUAAGAUUGUGUUUGAUGAGGUACUCAUACAUUGAGAUGUGUACAUUUCUCUCAAGUACCUUAGAAAGGAUGGCUAAAAUAAUGCUGUGCUCAGUCGGUCUCCAGCCUUAUAGACAGGACAGACUCUAGCUUAUUCUUUCCAAAGCCCCGGAAAGUUUUUAAUUUCCAGUAUUGGUACUCAUAUUGAUGACCUUUGUCAAGGAAGACGUUAUAGCAGGUUGCGGCGGCACACAGUAAUUGAGCACUGAUACCAUCAAGGCCUGUUGUUUUGCCAACUUGCAGUUUGCUGAGAUAAUUCAGAACAAAUUUCUGCAUGAUCUCUGGUACUUCAAACUUGUUUUCGCGGGUAGUUUGGCUAUUAAUGAAUGCUUUUAGCUUCAUGGAGUUUGGUGCUGAAACCGCAUCAGUUUCAGUCCCUUCCCUGUAGGUACGUAUAGUGGCCACAGAAGUAAAGAAUUCAUUAAAAAGGCAUUUGCCAUUUCAUUCGGCUCGUUGAUGAUGUUUUCUGUGCCAACUCUUAUUUGUGAGACUUAGGCUUGCUCAUUUGCCCAACAGCACUCUUAAGAUGUUUCCAGAAUUCUUUCAAUGAUGAGUUUUGAUCAAAUGAGUUGAGGAAGUGCUUGCGUUUUGCCUAUGUGAUGGAAAGGUACUUUACGAUGUGAUGGUUAAGGUUCCGCCGCUCUUGAUGUUAAAAUCGCCAAGUAGCGGGGCUUCCUUACUCCCGACAUAAAUAUUUUCUAUGAGGGUUUCAAGCUUGGAGUCCAUCUCUGCAAUGAAGUCUGGCACACAAUAAAUACCAGCAACAAUAAUAGGACAAGUUGAUUUGAAGGAUAGAGAAGUUCAGUGUCAUUUGUCUGUAACUUAAGGAUACGUUUAUAUGCCAUGUUAUACAUUGUUGUAACUACUGAUUACAUUCAUCAGAACACAACCUCCAUUAUUGCCAAUCCUGUCCUUAUGUUCAAGAUAUCUACCUGGGAUGCUGUAUUCAUCAUUCAGAGGAGAGGAACCUAACCAAGAUUCAGUUAAAACAAGCACAUCGAUUUCUGUACUUAAUGAAUGUCCUUAAUAAUCUGCUGAAACUUGUCAUUAUUAAAACUUCUCAUGUUCGAAUGGCAGAGCCGGAGGCUAUUUUCAAACAUCAACAUCACUCGAAAGACAGACCAACAGCAAUGCAAUAGAAACCCUUUGCAACUCUACAGCACAUGAAAGAGCGAAGCGCGAUACAAUGAUACAAUCAAUUUUCCGUAAAACAUACAAAUAAAUGUUUGACUGAAGUUUUCAAUCAAUGUAAACUCUACUUACCGGUGGUCUGUUUCCUAAAUCAACUGAAUAUUGCAUUGUAUUUUAGUCUUUAUUAGUAUUAUUUCUUCAUUGACUUGCAGGUCGUAAAUUUAUAUCAGCAGUACAGGUAAGGUUAAUAGCAAUCAUUGGUGGAAAUGUUUUUGAAAAUGUUGAAAAAAGUAGCAGCUGAUUGUGGCUUUUCUUAUAAAUUAUUUCUACUGUGAAAUGCAGGUUGAUGAGCAUUUUGUGAUACAUACAGAAAUUAAAAUAAGUCGAGAGGGUAUUAGUAAACCAACAGGAACUUCCAAGUGUUGUUAGAGCACGGAACUGCUUCUGUUUUCUAAGCAAGUCCGCAUUACUCAUAAGUACUGACCUCUCCUGAUAAAUUUCUUCUGAGCUGAUGUCCUUAAGAUCCCAUUUUAUUUGUCUUGUAAUGUGAUGUGUGUAUCUGAUAUUAGGGGCAUGACAAGAGAGGAAGCAGAAUUAGAGUUUGUUAUCAUUACUCAGAAGAUGGAUGGAUUUGGGGAUGAAUACUACCCUGCUAAGGUAUCUACAGUUAAUGUUUAUUUUGGUUCCAAUCAGCAACUAUCCCAGACAUUCAUCAAUACAUCGAGUUCCAAACUUGACUGACAGGUUUCUGUCCGAUUAAAAUCAUGUUAUUGAUAUUACACUGGCGUCAGUCUUAGAGACCUUGAUGUGUACUCGUACACCGGAGGGAGACGUUUUGGAGUCAAUAGCAAAAUCCGAAAUACCGAGAUGACGAUCUGGGACAAAACUUGCUUAGUUGGGAACCGUAAAUUCCGCUGACCGUAAAAAGCCAAAAUAAGCCAAGGUUCAGGCAGCCCGGGCGGUGUGCGUCACGACCCACAAAGGUUCAUGGGUAAAACUGUUUACCUUAUUAUAGAAAAUUAACGCUGCAUGAAAUUGAGGUAUUGGAAAUUAACGCGACUUAAAUUAACGCGAAUUUUAUGGAAAACGAUUUUCGAAUAAAGAAAAUUAACGCGAAAGAGGAGGUAGAAUUUCAUAAUAAAGGAAAUUAUUGACAUCACUUCUGACAGCGACAACGAUGAAGAUGAACUCGAAAUAUUGUAAACCUUCGCCUUAGCUUUUGUGAAAGAUGAAAAAUAAAGAGUAAAUGGAAAAAAAGAAAGCUUGUACGUUAAUGUUUUUUAGGUGUCAAGAAUGUCUGCACAGAUUCCAAAAUUGCGGUUAAAAUACUGGAAAUUAACGCUGCACUUAAUUAACGUCGCGGAAAUUAACGCUCAACAAAAUUAACGCGAAUUUUAACGAUUCGCGUUAAUUUCAUGGAGCGUUAAUUUCCUGUAAUAAGGUAUGCGUCUCAUUUCAAUCGUGACACGGUCGAGUUCGCAUCUCGUAAGAGAGAGAUAAAUCAAAACCCGCGAUCAAAACACUGCUUCCUUUUCUGAAAAACAUUACGGAGGAGAGCGAUUUGGAGAAUUUUCAACAUCUUAUACUGGGUUUAGAUGCAUGCUUGAUAUUAGCUUCAUAAGGUAAUUUCAAUAAGUUUAACGCGAUUCGGAGACGAUCGAAGGUGCGAUUUUAGGCGGCGAUUUCCUGCUUCUCAGAAGAUUUUAGGUACUCUUUAGGGCUGUGCUUAUAUGUAUAUUUUUAUCUCACAAGAGUGAAAGAUAUCUGUAGCUCAUACCUGGAUUUGCUUAAAUAAAAAAUUCGUCCUUUUAACAGUAACUUUUGACUGACUUUAUUAACCGGGCAAGGAAGGGGAGCGCGAACAAAGAGCAAGGUGAGACAUCUUGCAUCGUCUCGCAUAACAAUUUUAUGUUCACCGGCAAUUUUAUAUUAUUUUGCAAACAAUGACUGUUUGUAAUCCUUAUAAGCAAAUAAAUCUUCUAUAGGCAAGUCAAAAACAGACCAAAAGUAGCGCCCGAACAGCUACAGCAUAAUAGGAAUUUCACCGAAGCUACGGCCGCAGAAAUAAACCACAAUCUUGUGCUGUACGUUCAUUCAAGUGAGCGCAGUGAAUCGAUUUUGUUAUCAACCUAACCUCACAGUUUUAAAAUCCUGUAUGAUGUUGUCUACAAUCUUCGAUAAUGGUUUUGUGUUUUGAUUGAGAUUUAUUCCCUGGCGUAAAUUUACAUGAGGAUUUGCAUACACAUAGCACGCACUGUGUGCAAAUUAUUUUAAAGACACGCUUUCAGUUUCCGCACUGGGUUAUGAAAAAUGUUUUGUUUCCAAAGGUUAUUCAAACUUAUUUGCCUUUUCUGAUUUAAAAUGAAACAAACUCUUCCUGGAUUUUGCGUUACUCGCUUCACGUCGGCUUUCGCUUCGGCAAGUUUCUCAGCCCGUUUCCCGGGACUUUUGCUACUUGGCUGAGACAAUCUGUUCAUUCCAAGACACUUUCAACACCUCAUAACGGGGAAACUAACAGGGGUAGACCCGGGUAUACCCCAAAAUUUACAAAGAAGAAAGGUUGAAGUAACAAAUUGACCAAAAUAAUCCGAUAAAGCCGGUAACAGUAACCAUUAAUGAAUGCAAGUAGAACGGCGAAAAUAACACUCAAAUCAUCAUUGCGGCUUGCACAUGACCGAGCAAUUCAAACUUGUCACAAACGCUCAAGAAAGCAAAAUAUUUAAAAAUAACGCAACUACUGUCAAGAUAAAGUGUUCCAACAACUUUCCUCGGCGGUAUAGUGUCGAAAUUGCCUACACAAGCUUGGAAUAAAGCGAAAAUUUCACCACAUAUACCUCUGAAAACGGCUCUUUCCGAGCGCGAAAGGCGCUCUACAAAUGACGCAUUCUGAUUGGUCGAAUCUCGUGACGCACGCCGCCUGCAGUCAGCCCCAAGCAUGCUGUGGUUAUACCGAGCUAGAUCCAAAGACUUGUAAGCGAUGGACGGAAUAGAGUCCGUAACUGGUAAGUGUAGAGCUGUCGAGUCACCUUGCGAACGCCUAAUUCCCAUAAGAACCCUUUGCAGUCUAAGACAAUCUACUAAAGGGGACCUUUGGACGUCAGCAUGUGAACCACAGCCUCAUUGUCAGAGUAAAACAUAAUAUGUUUCCGGAACCACUGAGGACCCCAUGUGAAAGGUGCCACCACAACAGGGAAGAGAUCUUUAUAUGCAAUCGACUGUUGAGCCUGACACGGAAACCAAGCACCACUGCCCUUGUAAGUAGGCCUCGAAGCCCAAGGAGCCGGCAGCAUCGGAGGCGACCUUUAAAUCUAUGGGAGUCGACAUUUAGGAUAAGAUCAAAACUAACUCCGUGUCAGAUGGUGAGUAAUUCGUGCCACCAGUGUAAAUCCAAAUGGAACUCCCGAUACAGACGAAUAAGGUGGUCUCUCCUCCGGAAACAGCAAAGAAGGUUAAUCAUGCGCCGCAAGAAGGAGCGUUCUGGCCACACAACUCUAGUAGCACGGUGAAGAUGGCCGAUGAGCGGUUCCAACUGCUGCCUCGUACACCAUCUUUGACUAAGCUAGGAGUAGAUGAGACCCUUCAAGGCUGCCAGUUUGUCUGCAGGAAGGCGAGCUGUCUGCUGCUCCAAAUUCAAGUCGAUACCCAGAACUAGCAUACAAGUGCAAGGGCCAAUGCAUUUGCUCGGAUGGCGUGGUAGACCCAGAGAGCGGCAAAUGGAAAUUGCUAUGGACAAAUUACUUGCACAUUGGUCUGACUGAGCGGGGCCUGCUGUGAUGAAGUCAUCCAAAUAGUGCAAAGGUCGGAAAGAUUGUGCUUUUUCAGGAGUAUCGGGAAGGGUAAGUCGACAAAAUAUUAGCCACGCCAUUUCAUUCAGAAGAGAAACCUGUCGUCUGGGUGCACAGCGAUACUGUGGUAAGCGGUUUCAACAUCGAACUUAGCCAUCAAAGUUCCUGGACCAUACUUAGAAACCAUCCUUAUGAUUUCAUCCACUUUGAUGUAAUGCAUUGAGAACUCCUCGGAACUUAUGCCAUUAUUCACGCUAGCACUCGCGGGAGACGAGAGAUCCACAAUCAUACGCCAUUUCCCCGGCUGGCCUUUCUUGGGAAUGACAGUCGCCAGUAGGUUCAGGACGGGUUGACGAUUGCGCCGAUGAGACGCGAACAGCAGGCCCAGCGGCUGGAGAAUUGAACAACUGAACCUUCAUGGCGGACCAGUCGGCCAGUUUUGACGUCGCGGCGUGCUCGCGGAAAGCAUGAUACGCGAGCCAUACUCGACCGCUGUAAUGGCUGUAAGUGCGGAGAAUAAGGAGUUGAUACUGGAUCAAAUCCUUUCAAAGAUGCGGAAAAUGAGACACCAGCACGAGGAAGAAAAUGCCAGAGGUAUCGCACCAGCUCGCAAUAUCCUCGAUCCGUCGACGUUGUUUUUAAGGUCGAAACAUGAGUACGGGGCAGCCCUCAAGGAACUGAUAAGGCGGCGACAUCGCGAGUCGCGCUUGGCGAUAAGUUGACAGCGUUCAAAGUAAACGGGGCGAGCGACAUCGUCGGAGCAGCGAACGUCGGAACAAACGACGGACUAACAACAGGACACACUAGGGUUAGGUCCCUGAAAGCCAGCGCCAGACGCCAAGAAACUCGCCGCGGACAAAUCCAAGGCCAAGGAAACACCCCCAGCGUCGCCAGGAAUCGAGAACGAGGAUGAAGCUUGCGACGACUGACAAACCUCCGGGCCGCGCCAACGAGCUCGCUCGGCAGCCAUCGCCUCCUGUACCGACCGCGAAAUAAGAGCGGCCAUCUCUAGGGAAGGUGUGGUGCCCAGCGCUGCAGCAGCAGAAUCAUUAACAGUUCAUGAUAUUGUUGCAUCACCAGACUCCGAAGGCGCUUAAGCAGCCGCAUCCAAGGAAAACAGCGCCGAUUGCAGGCUGUGCUUCGUUGAACCAGAGGAAGUUAUACCAGCAAAAAACGGGAGAACGGAUAACACGGGUAGCAAACUAACUAGCACGAGCAAUGAAAAGCAACGUGAAGGUAACAAUUUGGGUUGACCUCAGCCGAAAAGCUGUUAAACCCAAAGGCCUUUGCGAAGUCAUAGGGCGUCCCCGAAAAUCACAAUCAAGAGAAUGCUGGCCAGCAUUGUCUCGGGUUUAGCUUAGCCUAAAUUUUAUUUAACCACAUUUUACAAAGGGUUUGUGAAGUGUUUUAGUGAUUAUGUUGUGUUUGUUAUAAUUAGGACAAAGAUGGUUUCAUCAUAUUAGUUGGUGCAUCUUUUGUUGGUAUUGUUGUUCGACAUCCACAUGGCAUACCACCAGUAUACUUCAGGUGAGUGUAAAGAAAAAAACAUGGUUGUCAUGCACAGAUGCAAAGUGAACUUGUAGGCUGAAAAUGGUGAGAUUUGUUUUUACAAUUAAAGGAAAUUAUGGCACUUCCUGCUUUCAUUAGGCAGCUAUUGUUAAGAGAUCUCCAGGAGGUGCCACCUAUAUUUGACAUAGAAGCACCUUCCUUGCGUGCUUGUGUGUUAAUUUUUUUUUUUCUGAGUCAGCAUCGUACACAUGGACACUAUGUCAGCUCUAGACUGAUCGGAUUGAAAAUAGUCAGAGCACAAUUAUACCUUACUAAUGUUAUACAAAAAAGUCAAUGUGCUAACUGUGGAUAACAUUCUUAUAAUAAAACGUGAGGGCAUUGUAUCAAAGAAUAUUUGAAACUUUGUAAAUGCUGUUAGAGAACAUAUUAUGAAUGGACACUAAAAUGUGAUGUAAGAAAAAGCAAUGCAGUACAUUAGAAAAUUGGAAGUUAUUUCUUGACUAACAUGAGCAUUAAGUUAAGUAGAAAUUUGCUAAAAAUAAUACCAUAAGUAGAGACAAGAGAGGAUAAAGGGGACAAAGAAGGCAUCCCUCAUACACACCCUAUUCCAUAGGUAAUUCGUCUCGAGUUAUUUUUAGAAUCGGGAUAAAGUUACCUCGCGCGCUGCGUGGAUGUUUCGUGGAGGUUUCGCAUGACUAAACGCCGUGCAAAACAUGUCGGGCGAAAGGCAGUCAAAGGGUAAAGAGAUCGAGAGCAUUCCUGAAUAUUGAAGCGAAAUGAGCCGGCGCUCACUUGGGAAAAGGGAAUCGCUGGACUCUUUGACAACCCUUGAAAUCAGUUUACUCGAGGUUGUCGUAACCUCAGUGCUUUCGCCGGUCUUUUGAAACCGGUCGUUUGUACAAUAAUGCAGGUAGGACGCCAAGUGUUAUUUUUGUUGAAUAAUAAAAGACUAAUAAAAGAAUAAAUAUCAAACCAGAAAUUGCUCUCUUCAAACUGUUGAUCAGUGUGUUAAGGAUUUUCCUGCCGUACUGUUAUCUCUAUACAAGAGAGGAAGGGCGAUUCUUUUUUAAUUUCCGUUUCGCUGACGCAGCUUUAGCAGAAUUCCCUCUGUGGUAGUUUUCGUCGACAAAACGAAUGGCAAUAUCGCUCUCCGCGUCUUCUGCCAUUUUGUUCUGCGUCAAUUCUUGAAGGACGCGUGGCUCUGAGUGUGGGUCAUCCACGCGGAACACAUUCGCGCUAUGUGAUUGGCUGUUGUCUAAUCCCCCUUGGGAUCUUUGGUCUUAAAAAUAACUCGAGACGAAUUACCUAUGGAAUAGUAUGUGUAUGGGGGAUGCCUUCUCUGUCCCCUUUAUCCUCUCUUGGUACAGAUUAUUCCAUAGAAAGUGCGCACGAACGAUUUUUAUUCACGAGUUGCGAUCCAUCAAGAAAACGAACGAGUGAGCGCAGCGAACGAGUGAGUUUUUUUUAUGUAAAGCAACGAGUGAAUAAAAAUCGUUCAAGCACUCUCCAUGGUGUAAUGUUUUUAUUUCAUACAUACUGAGAUUGUUUCGACAAAUUUCAAAGAUUAGAAGCCAUUUAAGUGCAAGAGCAAUUAUUAUUAACACUGCCAAAUCCGCAACGUGGCGCGAUAUCCAGUCUCUGUUGAUAACUGUAUAUUUUUUAUUUUGUUAUUUGAUACACACUAAUUUUCGAUGGAGAGAUUUUACUUUUAGAAGAGAGACAAAGAUAAUUAAUAUGGCAUCGCGAAUUUGCAGAUGCGUAGAAUUGUGAAGUAUGAAAAGAAAAUGGGAAAAAUGGGACAACCUCGGUUUUAAAAAUGCGAAAUUCUCUAUUUAAAAAAAGGAACGUACAUCAAAAUACGGUAGUUUUUGUGAAAUGGUUUUUAUAAAUAGUUCUCCUUUAAUCUUCAUCAGAACUGCUGGACGAGACGCGGAGUCUUUUCCACGGCGGAUUUUCUUGUGGGGCUAUUUUUGGCAACUGAUUCACGGUGUUAAUUGUAACUGAGAACUGUCUUCCUUGGAUCACUGCUCCACUAAAUAACGGUACCAACUUCUGGUCUGUGAUGCUGGUGUUUUGCUGAGGCUGAGCCAGGGCUUUUUGUAAUUCCAAAGGUAGAGGAUUGCUCGCUGUUGCACUGGGCAGGCUGACAGCUUUUUCAUUGGAUAUGUUCGCCAGCGUGUUUGACAUGGAUUGCUGUUGUUUUGUGGAAAGCGAACUGUAGUUCUCGAUGCUUUUAAGAUUCUUGUGUCCGGAGAGUCGUCAGGGGCACCCAACGAGGAUAUAGUUUAAAACCACUUAACAUAGCAUUGUUGAACGUAUUUUAGUAUUCAAACGGUAGAUAUAGGCAUAUUUUUAUCCCCUAAAAACUUUUCAUCUGUUCGGAUUUCCUAGCUGAAAGUCCAGUGAUCCGAAAAUUAUAGGGGUAAAAACUUACCUUCUCGAAAAUUCUAGGUCGCCGUUUUUGGGGUCAAAUUCCGUUAAAAAUGGGUAAUUAUACCAUUUUGUAGAUGUUCGAAAAUCCUAGGAGAGCAGGCAAGCAAGAAAUUUUACAGCAAAUGCUCCGAAAAUUCUAGAUCUCAAAUCGUCUUCCGAACAGAUAUUUUUCCGAAAAUUGCCGUUGGGUGCCCCUGAGUCGUGCUUUGUGGGUUGUUGGAACUCCUUGGUCCCUGAGACUUUGCACCGUGUUUUCUGAGCACUGUGAAUUCUCAAUUUAGGAUUUCCAGACCAACCUUCUUUACCAUUUCCUUCAUCAGCCCACCGAGUUGUUUACGCCGACCUUUGAACCACGAUUUGCUCGAACUGCUUCUGGCCUUCACAUGGUUUAGUGCCAAAUAAAACGGGCUUUCUGCUCCUGUCAUGCCGUCAGGUCUUUUCUGUGCAAAUAGCUUGUACACUGCAACUGGGUCUUUCUCACUACUGUUUGUAGCAAACAUUUUCGGUGCUAAAGGCCUCACAUCAGAGACAUUCGCGUCGAUUAGUGUUUUCGUUUACCGUUCGUUGUACUCUAAAAACUCGACACCGUCCGCCGUUUUAUUCAGAGUUACAUCACCCCAGCACGUAUUGUGAUGUUCCUGAAUUCACUCCUCGAAGACCGAAAUGGAGGCUAUUGUUUAGCCAAAGAGAGUUGAGAAGCACUUCUGGACUUGACAUUCCAAGAAGACCUUUGUUGUACAGGACCGUCAUUUCCUCUUCUGUUACAGGUACAGACGCAUUUGGCUUGUUGCCUCUCCCUUGUUUCUUGAGCUGUUUUUGCUUGGAGUGCAGCGUUUUGCGAGUUUUCUCAAACACUAAAUUGUUGAUGAUACCAGCUUGAUAGUUUUUCCGUUUGAGGUAUCGUUCAAAACUGGCAAUCUUACCUCGCAGUAAUGUGGGCUCGAAAUGAGUGUCAUCUUUGGUUCAGAACCAAAGAUGACAGUGACUCACUGUCAGACUGACAGUGAGUACGAACUCGCUCAGCAAUUCAUUGAGUUGAGCAGGAGGUAUUUCUUCAACGUUUCUGAUCUCUUCCUCCCUUUGAAGGAAGGUUGUUAGCAGGCUUACGCUUCUGUCAGUCUUUGCACUCGUGUUUUUGUUUUCUUGCUCAUCUAUGAGGUCAUCUAUUGUUCCUUCAAGGAGAACAAAUCUUGGCACCUCUGCUUCCAUUUUGUUUUUACAGAAAGCCGCGCGCUUGUUGCCCUCCACUGUGAAGUACUAUCGUUCGUGUCUGAUUGGACGAACGAUGUAUUUUCACAGUCGUUCGCUUUUCUGAUUGGUUUGUUGUAUAUUCCGACGAAUUUUACGCGGGCUUUUUUUCAUGUGUAAAUCUCAGUAUGUUUGAAAUAAAUGUAUUUUUGCCUAGUCCCUCUCUUUUCCGAUUGAAGGUUCAGGAAUGUACAGUCUUUUUCUUUCACAGGUGGCCUGACAUUGUACGAAUGAGUCAUAGCAAGAACUAUUUUUGUAUUGAAAGUGCCAGGUCAUUUGACACUAUUCACUUUGAAAUGGUAAGUAUUGACUUCACGUAGUGAGCACCCUGCAGUCUCAUGAUUAAUUAAGUCCUGAAGACAUGAUGAUUAUGUUUUAUCAUUGUUUGUCUGAUGAUGAUAACAAUACUGAUAAUAAUCGUAAUCAUAAUCAUAACUAUACCAAAAUUGUCAAAUCUGAUUGGCUAUCAACUGCCCUGAUUUCAGCCUUAAUUGGACAGUUUGAUAGGACAGUACGCGUCAUGCCUAAGUAAUUGGACAGUGCGCGCCAUCACGCGCGCUUAAAUGGCUUUUUUUUCACUGCUAGCGAAACAAAAUUUCGAAUUUCUUGUGUUUUGAUUUAAUAAAUAGCCUAUUAUAUCACAAAUUUUGUUAAAGUUAUGAUUAAUUGGUAACAGAACUUCGUGUCGUCCAAUUCGGUCUGUAAUCAUACUCGUCAUUAAACAAAUCGGACUCCCGCGAUUUUGUUAAUCACUCGUAUGAUUACAGACCGAAUUGGACUCCACUCAGUCCUGUUACCAUUACUUAUUCCUCGAAAAGCGAGGGCUGAAGGAUGGAGCGUAUGCAAGGUUUAUAAUUUGGCAAAAUUUGCAUCAUGCGUGGAAUGUGCAGGUUGUUAACAAAAUGAAAGCUUCUAUCAAUUUGGUAGUUGUUUCCACUGACAAUUUUCUAGCAACAAAGCUUUGAGUAAACAAAACCGCAACAAACUUGGUCUGGUUGUUUUAACGGCCAUUUUAGCGGUCAAGAAAUGCUUUUGGCAAUGAAUUUUGAAUGCCGUUCUUAGUACUUUCAAGUAAAAACAAACCAUUUGGACCAUUGCUUCUACAUAGCAUCAAAAUCAAGGUGAGAGAGUUAACAAUAUUGUUUUGAACCCUACUUUGCAGAGUUUAUCGGCUCUGUUGGGCAUUUACGCAUGUAUAUUGUUUUUCAAAUCAAUAAGAUGCGUUUAAGUCCCGCUUUUUAAGUUCAAAAACCUUGCUUAUUUUCCUGAAAAUUAAUGUAUAUUUUGAACAGCUUGAUCAGCCUUAAAUGGCAUUUUCCAGGAGAACCUCCAUUAUGAAAAUCCUUUAAGUAUAAUAUUUUUUAAAGGGCCAAUGUAGUUUCUUAUGUAGUGCCAAGGAAUCUGGCCAGCAAAACAUGUGUAUUUCUGGUGAUAUUAAUUGGGAAAACAAUAUGUAAUAACGAGAGCAUGAAAUGGACAUUGUAUCCUUUGACAGGAAGAUGCAGCAACAGCAAAAUAUGUAUGGCGGAUAUUUGUGGCUCAUCACCAGUUUUGCCGACUAAACUUGUCCAGGUCCAGUACUCUGCAGCUGUCAAAUAAGUAAGCUAUAAUUAUAAUGGUGCAUUACAUACUGAUUAUUGCAAUAUCUAAUAAUUAGUUAAACAACUGGAUUUUAACCCUUAUUAAACAUACUGGACAAUAGUAUGAGGCUAUUCAGAGGUGCACAAUACACAACAUACUUACAGUGUACAGGUGCAGUUCUCAAAUGCAUUGAAUGUGAUCGCUUCACCUUACACUUUGACAUUGAUCUUGGGAUUUCAACCACAUGUACCGUGCACUAAAUUUUCAGGCUGUCCAGGCUUGUUAUAAGCAUUUGAAUAAUUUGUGGUUGUUUUUGAUUUUUUAAAUGUACCUGUAUUUUUAGAGGUCUCUUAAAUGUAAUCACAGUUAAUAGUAGAUUAAUAUUCUUUUGAUUGUGUUAACUGAGUUAAUCCACUGAAUAAAUAGCCAUAUUAAUACGAAUUAUUGCCAGUUACAUUUAAUUACCACUUUACCAUACAGCAACUUCACGGAGAAAACUACUUUUUUGGUUUGGCUUCUCUAUUUUUAUACUGCACCAUUAACCAAUUCUUCAUCCACUAUGUGCAUCAUUUUCUCUUUCUUUUAGGUCUUGUCUGUGAGAAUUUUUUCUGAAUUGGCUGGGUGAUAAUUAGCUCUUCUUCUUCUGUAUUUUUAAGCCUAUGUGCUUCCUACCUUUAUCCUCUUAUCCUUCUCAUCCAACUACAGUUCAGUGACUUUGUUUUCGGGGAAAACAAGACGGUGAUGGCUUUUUGGAUGCUCUGCCAUGAUUGAGCUUGUCUCGCUGUAAUCUUGGAGUCAAUAGCACAUUUUAUCAUUAUUAUUUUAAAAAGCGAGUUGAGCAGUCUAUUGCUUUACUCUUGUUUCUUUUAUAAAUUGUUAAAUCAAGACUUGAAUUGUUUUCAGUGUACAAUACUUACCUUCCAGAAAAAUGUUACGCUGAACUUUUCAUGAGCCGAACCUAAUUCGAAUUAAGGCCGACCGACCCAAGUUAUUUAGACCGGCUGAAUUGAUUAUUCAGAUGUCGAUAUUAAUUCCAGCCGAACUAAAUUCAAAAGGAGUAAAAUAUUCGUUUUGUUCAAAAUGCGUACAAAAUGCGUUGUAAAUAAUUUGUGCAUUUGGUUUGGUACAUGAAAAGUUCGGCGUCUGAAUCAAAGACGUUUCAAAGUCGAUUCAAAGUCGAAAUUCCCGGCUGGACUAGGCGGAAAGAACGGCUUAGCCGCUACACAAAGGAAACACGCGUUCCAAAUUGAUUCAGACCCAGAACUUUUCACGUACUUAAUGCAAUGUAUUAGGUUCGGCUCAUGAAAAGGUCGGCGUCUGAACCGGGCCUAAAAGUAACAUGUAAAUUUAGAAAAUAAAAAGUCGAUGUCAAAAGCAAAUUUCCAAAUUGAAACGUCGAAAUCAAAUAUCGAUUUCUAAAGCGCGAAAAUCAAGUUUCGAAUUCUUACUUCUCACCUGGCACUUUGACCACCCCUCCGUAGCCCCCCUCCCCUAUCAAUUUGCCUCGUCCAGCAAAUUUGGAGUCCAAGCCCGAAGGAGGAGGAAAACCUUUGAGAGAUCACUCCAACGGUUUGAAUGCGACACCUCAUCACAUAUCUGGACCUCAUCUCAUAUCCGGAUAGCAGGAGACAUGAACCUCCCUGGAUUUGACUGGAAGCACAAUUGCCUAUUUCCGACGUGUCGUUUCCCUGAGUUAACCCGAAAAUUUGCAGAUUGUCUUGACGAUCAUGGCUGAGUCCAACUUAUAACCAACCCUACGCGGGGUAAAAACGUCGUAGACUUGUUUAUAACUAAUAACGACAGUCUUAUUGUCAAGACUCAAGUCAUUCCCGGUAUUAGUGAUCAUGAUGCUGUGUUUUUUGAGGGUAAUAUCAAAGCAACAUUCACCAAACAAAACGCAGGAUGGUUCCCUUGUAUAGAAAAGCACACUGGGAUGGCCUUAAAGAACACAUGUCUAAAUAUGAAGACUCUGUCGUACAUUCUACUGACUGUGAUCUGCCAAUAAAUGAUUUGUGGUCUAGUUUUCGAGAGGAAUUGACCUCUGGUAUCAAGCGAUUUAUACCACAUAGGUUUACGAGCUCAAGAAAUUGCCUGCCAUAUGUGUCCCUCUCAUUGAAACGCCUCAUGAGGAAAAGGGAUCGGCUACAUACAAGAAAGGAUCCUCGGUACCAGACCAUUAAGCAUGAAGUCCAAAAGAAGUUUCGUGCCGCAUACUGGCAGUAUCUGGAAGAGAUUGUUGCCGCCAUCAAAUGACGAAGACUCGAUGGGCGCUAAUGCGGCCCGUAAGGCGAACGUUUUAAACACCUAUUUGCAAUCAGUGUUCACAGGCUAUGUACCCUUAAAUUUGAAGCAACGUUGUCAAAAUCAGUGCGAUAGAGUCCUCGACCAUCCCCCUAACCGUACGCCAUUUCAAUUACAACUGCUGGUAUCGCUAAGCUAUUAGAUAACCUAAAGCCACACAAGGCCACUGGGCCUGAUGGCCUUUCUCCCAAAGUUCUCCGGGAGCUCUCCUCAGUAAUAGCACCAGCCUCUUAGAAGAUCUUCAGUAAGUCCCUAUCAUCUCACCAAGUACCAGAGGACUGGAAAAAGGCCUUUAAGAGAGGCGAUGAGGACAGUCCGGCAAACUACAGACCGAUUUCCCUGACUUGUAUCUGCAGUAAAUUGCUAGAGCACAUCUUCACUAAGAGUAUCAUGUCACACCUAGAACAUCACAAUCUCCUCUAUUAUUUGCAGCAUGGUUUUCGUAGAUUCAAGUCAGUGAGUAGCAGUUAAUUGAGUUUGUAAGUGAUAUUGUCGACACCUCACGUGCUAAGCAGACUGAUUUAUCAUAAUGGACCUAUCUAAGGCCUUUUAUACGUUUCCUCACAACAGACUUCUUUGUAAACUGGAGAAUAAUGUUAUUAGAGGCGACGCUGUGAACUGGGUUAAAGCCUUCCUUGAAAAUGGUUAACAAUGCGUAGUGGUGAAUAGCGAGAGGUCUGAUUUUGUGGCUGUCCUUUCUGGUGUGCCUCAAGGCUCCGUCAUAGGUCCAGUGCUCUUUCUAACAUGCAUUAAUGAUCUCCCGCAGAACAUAAGAUCAAAGGUUCGCCCAUCCGCCGACGAUUUCAUUCUGUAUUUGACUAUCACAAGUGAAGAUCACUGCUGACAGCUCCAGGUUGACCUUGAUAAUGGGAGGCAACUUGGAGGAUGGAGUUUAACGACACUAAGUGUGAGGUGUUGCGGAUUUCGCGGUAUAAGACCCCAAUCCAACAUACGUAUUAACCGCACGGCACUCCACUAAGGGAGGUUGAUCAUGGGAAAUACCUAGGUAUAUGGUACUCAAAAGAUCUCCAGUGGACUCGACACAUUGACGAGAUAACAGCCAAGGCAAACCGCACGCUUGGCUUCCAUAAAAGAAACUUACGGGUAAAUUCGUCGACUUUAAAAGCCAAAGCUUAUAAAGGCUUAGUCCGCCCCCAAGUUGAGUACUGCUCAAGUGUUUAGGACUUCUGCCCAGGCGUUGAGAAUAGCGGUUCAUACAAGAUCGAAAGGGUACAACGCCGCGCGGCUCGAUGGUGCCCCCGCCAAUGCAACCAGGGUUCUAUCUAGCAUUUAUCGUUUGGGGGAGAAGUCCUAAGUGGCCAAAGGCCACGAGCUUCCUGGGGUGAUCCGGGGGCAUACCCCCCGGAAAUUUGAGCAUUUUUUUGUGGGGAAGCUUCUACCCCUCAAGUACCCUAGAUAGAGCCCUGAAAACAACACAUCUAGCGUCACCAACAUGCUUGAAGACCUGGGAUGGCGUACCCUAGAGCAACGUAGGAUUGACAGUCGGCUCACGGCCUCUUUAAGAUCACACGGUGGCUUCUCUCUGUUAACUCUCACGGGCUUCUGCGCCCUGUCAUUUGCAAGACACGUCGUUCGCACUCGGAAAGUUUCAUCCCCCUUCAAACUAGCCUGUCCUCAGAUUAUCUGUUCGUUUUUUCUCAAGAACAAUUAUUGAGUGGAACAAUUUGCCCUUUUCUGUCUUUAGCGAACACUGCUCUUUAGAUACUUUUUAAUCCAUGUAAGCUACCUAAAUCAUCUACCAGUUUAUUAACCUAUUUAGUUAACUUUUUUUUUUUUGCUGACCAACCCAGCCAAUAAUCCUCAAAUGUGAGGGGUAGGCUGUACGCUGUAAAUGUAAAUGCCUCGCACAUUCAAGGCGACGGCUUGUUCGUUUUACCAUGGACAGUGUUCUGGAACAAAACUUCAGAAAUCCUUGAAUUGAAGUAAAUGAGGCGAGGCAAACUUUAAUUAAUAUAUUCAGUACUAACAGAAUUUUCAGAAAUGUUGUGGUUCAAUCGUAUUAGUAGCUGACUACCUGGUGCGGUAAAAGCCAAUUGUUCAGUAAAUGUUUUCGCUCAGUUAUAGUAAGGUUCAUCGCCCAGCUCGCCUCGAGUCCUUCGUAGCUCAGUGUUUAGAGCAUCCGAUCGGUGUAGAGAAGGUCAUUGGUUCAAUUCCUAUCGGGCACUCACAUUUUUUCUUUGUCCCGUGCUCGUGACAUGUUAAUCACAUCACUUAUCAUCGUGUAUUUAUUACAAUUGGGCGUUUGAGCUUGCUCGUUCUGGCAGAAAAGGAAAAUAGGGAGCUUUGGUAUCGACGACGGUUACGGCAGCAAAAACGUCACUUUUAAAAUGAAUUCGCGUUUUUCAAACUUUGUCGCGUUUUAUAUUCCAAUCCGCUGAAAAUGUCAAAUGUAGGCGAAUUUUUCUGGAGUUGAUUUCUCACGGGUCGCAUUAAAGUUAAGAAAGAGAAAGAAAAAUUCGUCGGUUCUUAUUUACAUCCUCAAUAAAAACUCGUAAUUAGGCAUUUCCACGUCGUAGUUGUGCAGUAAUGCACAAAAAGGCAAAAAGUAAUGUACAAAAAGGCGUGAUGCACGUGUAAAGUUAACGUUUUUUUGACGUUCUCGUCAGCCGUCGUCGUCGUCGUUGCUAAAGUCACCAGAGGGGUAGAAUUUUAGUUUUGGCGAGUUUAGUUUUGUGGAAUGCACUCCCCGUCACCUUGGGAUGAAUUAUUGCCGGAGCAAAAAAAGUUCUUAUCGUCUGUCUUUUCAUCGUCCAUGAUCUGGCACGAAAACUUUGUCCCAGUCUUCCGCUCCGUUAAGAAAAAGUUAGGAGGGGGGAAUAGGGGGGAGACGGUCGAAGUCGAAAGUGAGUAGUCGAAAAUAGAUUUUCGCGCUUCAGAAAUGGAUAUUUGAUUUCGACUUUUCAAGUUGAACAUUGACUUUUUUAAUCGACUUCUUAGGUCAGAAAUCGACUUUUGAUUUUUGAUUUUGACUUUUCAAGUUGAAAAUUGAUUUUUUGAGUCGACUUCUUAGUUCGUGAACCGACUUUUGAUUUUUGGUUUGGACUUUUCACUUUAAGAUCGUUUAAAAAGAUCGACUUUGAUUUGCGUUUUGACUUUUGAUGGCCACUGUUGGCCGCCGUAUCUGCCUAUAUACAUGUAAUUUGUAUCCAAAUGUUCAUGGGUCUUCCACAAUAACCAAUAUAAUUGUUGCCGUUUCUACCAUAAGUUUUAAUAAAUGUUAUUGGAAGGUACUGUACUGUUCCAGCAAGCUAACCUUGAAUUCAAAGCUACCACUCUGAACCGUAUGCCCUCAUGCGAAACGUCUAAGUUGUUUGCUCUUUUCCCUUCCUCAUUUGGUGGUUAUCUGGAGUUUUAGCCUGAUGUCACGUGUCAACUUGCGAAGUAGUUUCAACUGUCGAUUCUAAAACUUUCUCUUGACUUUAUCACACCACUUUGUUAAAUUCACUUUGGUAUGCAGUAAGUAUGCCUUAUGUUUUAUUACCCACUUGGUAGUCACGGAAAAAAAAAACACAGAAUUCCCUGUUGCCUUACGUAGUACGUUUUUUUUCUGUCUUUUUUCGCUAUCUUUUUACUUUCUUCCUUGUGGCAAUAUUUGGGAAAGUCAUUCAGAAAUUAUUUAGCAUCCCUGAGUAUCAAACUACUUGUAUACAACAUAAAAAGAGCUCAGACAUGAAUGACUGAUGAUGGAUAUACUUUCUGGUUUAUUGCAGCAAUUCUGGCAAGUUCACUCUUCGCAACAAAACUAAGGUAAGUUUUUCACGUACGUGGAAUGUAGUGAAGCAAUUACUGCUCAAAGCCUCUCUUCUCCGCAGAGGCUCCCACUGGGUAUUCCAGUAACUAUACUACUACACGAGAAAUUGCUGGAAAUUCAUUGGCUUAGAGCAGUGGUAUUUCAGCUUAAUAUGAAAUACCUACAUGUGAAAAUUACAAAACUAUUGAGAGUAGUAGUAUAAACAAAUAAUAGCAUGAUUCCUACGUGUUAUUUGGCAGAAAUACCACUCGUAAUAUUUCAAAAUUGUCUCAAAUUUCACUCGCCUUACAGCACGUGAAAUUACGUACAACAAUUUCGAAAUAUCACUUGUGGUAUUUAUGCCAAUAUCAUUACAAAUCAUGCUAUUACCUAUACAAAUAGAAAAAAUAAGAAAUAGCAAGCGCGAGGUGGUGAUGGGAAGAGAGAAAAGGCGGAAGCCUCUCUUCCUAUCUUUCCACUUCCCAUCUUUUCCUGCACUUUCGCAGUGUGACUGCUUUGUAUUUAAGUCUUUUCCAACAGCUAUAUUUUACGAAGCUUAUUUAUGAAACUUUUUCUUGAUAAUUUUACUGUUCAAUUGUUAUUAUAGGUUUCUGCCAACAAUGGUGAAAAAUGCUCACCCUGCAGCUCAAGUAAGAUUUAUCAAAUAAGGAGUGUGCUUUCAGUGUUUCAUAUGAUAAUGGACAACUCAAAGGCGUUGCAAAAACUCGGUGUGAUGAGCUCAUAAAUUUUUCUCAACUGACUUCUCGGUGUUGUAAUAUAACACUGCUUCUCGUGUUUGAUAUGCGGUCAGGAGAGCAUCGAGCAUCGGGUGGCAAGAGUUGAAAAUCGAUUUCUUUCAUUUUUUUUGGUCCAUAGAUAGGUAGAUAAGUAAUCUGAUGUAAACUUUUCUCCCUAAAAGCCUUUUAUUUUCAAGAAAAGUAAGAAUAUCAGUUUUAACAUCAACUCUCCUCGCGUUCGCAAACAAAGCUGCAAUGAGAAAAUUUGGACUCUUUCCAUCAACAGAACAACGCUUUUUCUUUCACUAGAAGAUACUUUCAAAGUAGUAGCGAGACUCGUUGAACUGGCGUAAUUAAAAAAACGAAGAACAGGUUUUUGCUAUGACAAAAACUUUUAUUUAGUAGUUGUUUUCUGCGGCAUUAGUCUUCAUGUGAUAUACUUCAAAUUUCUUAGUCCUCGUUUUAUCACACAUUUAGACAUUCAUCUAAAACAUACCUGAGAUUUGGCUGGGGUUCAGCCUCCAAGUGAAAACAUCGAAUUCUGGCAAAUAAAUUGAAGCGUGACCAAAAUAACUUAUUUAAAAUUUUCCUCGUUUCUAAUUACAACAAUAUCAAUAUAUCUUCUUGUUCUGUCAUCCUUAGUAAAUUACCAUUGUCAAAGUCCUUAUUUCUCGACAAAAAGUGAGUACCAGAACUCCAGCGCGUGUAACGUUUUCUUCAAAACACUAUCGGCAUCGAAAUGUUACUUUUCCAAGAAUUGCGUUGCGUUACUACCGUGACUCCGACCUUUUUACCUCACUCUUUGAUUAGAAAAGCAACUUUGCAAUGGGGAAACCUACAAGAAGUACGAAAAACGGGCCUUCGCUGUUCAAAUAUCUUCUUUGUGUGUUUCAAAAUUGGAAGUGUUUACUCAAUUACCGCCAGCCUGCAAUGAAAAUUCCUGAACUUCGAUGGCGUCUUGCAGAGAUUUCCUUUAAUAACCCAAGCCAAUUCCCAGGUGUGUUUUAGAUGAAUGUCUAAAUGUGUGAUUUAAAUAGCAUAAGGAAAGUUUGGAGUGGUACCACAUGUUACAUAUUACCGUCGAAAACGAUUAACGAACUUAAGUUUCUGAUGACCUAUCCCUCAUUUUCGAAUUAUUUCAGCAGGACAAGCCUUGCUAUUGCCCUGAAAGUGUAUCUUCUGGUGAAAGAAAAACAAUUUUGUUGCUCUGUUCAUUGAAAAUGUCGAAAUUUCUCCAUGCGGCUUUGUUUGCAAAGGCGAAGAAAGUUCAGUGAUGUUAGCGAAUUUCCAUAAUUUUGAGACUCCGACAUCGAAAACCGAUCUUCUAAUUUUUCUCAAAACUUAAAUGCUUUUGGCGGGAGCAAUCUACAUCAGGUUUCUUGUCUAUCUAAAAAUUAUCUAUGGACAUAAAAUGAAAGAAAUUGAUUUUUCAAUUCCUGCCACGAAAUUAAGAUUUUGCUCGAUUUUUCCUACCGUCGCUCUUGAAAAACGGUGCAUCAACUUUUUUUUAGGAUAUGAAAGUGAUUUUUCUUUGUUUUCAGUCACCUUUGUCCGUUAUGUGAUUGUGUUAAUAAAAUGGUUCUAUUUCGUUAUAAUUUCAAAAAUACUAUGACCUACUUUUUGAACAACAAUGGCUUUUUUUAUGCUGGAGAAGUUAAAGUUCCCUAGACGCAUUUAACUUCUGAGAUGUUGAAAGGUCGACUGGUGUAAAAACGGGACGCCUAAACGUAGAAGAUAACAUUGAAAAUAACAGGGUUUUAUGAAAAAAAUACACAACACUGAUUCUUCCCAGUCGUUUCUGGAAGGGUUGGUCAUAAAUGUGUCCAAGUUUAGGGCGUCCCAUUUUUAUGAACAUUAAUGGUCUUACGAGUCUUUCGUCUUUUCCAGGUCUUGAGAAAGGCUUAGUUAAUCCUGUGUUUGAUGAUGAAAAGAGUUUUACAGAUGAGAAGGAUAUGGCUGACAGUGUGUCACGAGAUUCCUCGUCAGGUUCCAAGCGUAAAAUAUCCUUACCCAGACCGCAGUCACUAAACUUCUCUCAAGCAAACAGUCAACGAGACCUCUUAUUACGUGAUAACUUGUGCACAUCUCAAAACUCUCUUGACCAUAAGAAAGGUCUUUAUAGUGAAGUACUUUACAACAGGCCCGUAAGUAACGAAAUUGGCAGCUCACUUUCUAUGGAUUCUGGGAAUCCCCUUGGAACACAGUCUCUAGAAAGUCUGGAUGACAGAAGUCACGCCACUAAUAACGUGACCUCAGACGAGGCUUGUUUCACCAGUACUGUUAGGUGUGUACACUCUUUAAGGGCUGAUUAAGUUUUACUUUGAUGCUGCGUUAUAGAGACCAAGCUGAAAACUGAAAGAAGUGACUUAUUCUACAUUAUAGAGCAGAUAGUAAUAUUAAAAAGUUCUUAUUUGGAUUAAUGUGUUGAACUGUAUGUUUCAUAAUUCGUUAAUGGGCACUUUUUAGGCCGUUCGUUACACCUUAUUUGAGUCUCUUAUUGUACGCUCAAAAUAACUCUGGCAGGGUAAACUUUGUUGAUAAUUGGUAAAUAUAAGUGAGAUGUAAGUGGGAACGGCUACACAUGUGGUAGUGAAACCAUUAUUUUCAAGUCUAUGAACUGAUGGGAAUGUUCUGUGGAUUUUUUGUUCUUUUAAUUCUUUUCUUUUACUCUUCUAGGCCAUUUCGUCCAGCGUCAUUACACUUAGAGCAACAGCAGCAGCAGGUAGCCGGAGAUAACUCAAGCGAAGUUACAGGUCAGACCAGUGGUUACAGCACUUCAAAUGAUUCUGACCUAGAGGAGGCCAGAGAACUGGACUUUGAUGAUGGACUGCCCUUUGAAAUGAUGACGAUCGAGAAAGUUUUAGUGCUAGAUUUUGCCGACUUGUCAAUUUAAAACGAGAAAAAUGUUCCUUUUGUAAAGUGUCACCCAGAUGGAAGUACUAACCCGGGCAAAAGGGCCGUUCCUUUUUGGUCAUUUGAGGAGUCGCACUUAGGGAUUGUAUUCAGAGAAUCUAAACUUAGAAAACCACCAGCUUCGUUAUAAACAGCAUAAGAUCAGUACUGGCCGUGGUCUUUGGUGUGAUGUUAGGGAAUAAAUGUAGCCUCGGUUCCCAUCUUAGACUUGAGUCAAUUCGCGAUAUGUUGGCUGAGUUUGUUGGUUGCUGUCCUACUUCCGAGAGAUUUUUAACAGGUUAGUCCUGUUUACACCGCUUCUCAAGAACCAGUACUCCCAAACCACAAUUUGAUCUUGGACGUAAAACCCUGACACGUAAAAAAAAGGAAAUCAGAGAAAAAACUAAACUGCAAGCAACAACGGUUAUUUGUUUGUGGUUUUUUAUUAUCUCCCAUGUGCUGAUCUGUGUUGUGAUUGGUCAUAACACAAUUAAGUAAACAGUCCUGAAAUAUUUUAGUUCAUUGUUCACGGAUUUUAGAGUUUGACAGUAAGAACGUCUGGGUGUUUUCUGGGUGAAGAAAAACAUUUACAUUUUUGCAUGUAAUUUUAGGCCGGGCCUUGUUCCACUCUCUAAAAUAGUAUGUGUUUAACAUGUGCCUAGAGGCAUUGUAUAUUUUACCACUUGCCCGUGUUCUAACUUCAUGCUGUUUCAAAUAAUGGCCUUGUCAUUUAAGAGAAUGUAGACUUUUAAAGUAUCUGCUGUUGUCAUGUUACAUUGCAGCUGAAAGAACUUGAGAAAAUAUUAAAUGAUGGUCAGGUGUUUACGGAGUUUCAGAAGUUAGAGCGACGAAGUGAGGUGAGUGGUCUUAAAAGAGACACCUUGGCAUCAGGUUUUUCAUGGGAAACCGCAAAUCACAAAUCUGAGAAUGUCAAGUGACGACGGUCUUGAGGUAGCGUUUGCAGUUUGCAGUUUACUGUGAAACUGAGAGCGGUAGGUGGCUUACGGCAACUUUUUUUUCCUGAUAGAAAUUGUACAGCCUCACCUUUGAUGGCACAGAGAAGCAUUCUAUAUCCGCCUGUACGAUGUGUUAGAUUUUUCAACUCGAAUCAAUCAAUGUUCAAUGUUUGUUUGGGCGAUAGAAGUGUUGCGCAUCGACUUGACGAAAUGUAACAUGGCAGCACUACACAAUGAUCGCCUUGCUAAAUUUUGAAAUCCCGGCAACGUGAAACUGCAGAUGCGUUACUGCAAUUUGUGUUUUAAGGUUUCCUAUGAAAAACCGGAUGCCGAAUGUCUCCAUUCAUUCAAUGAGCCCGCGUUGUAUACGAGGCGGUAAACUGCGAAAGGGCGAAAUCGGCUUUAACUAUUCUCGUAUCCAGCAAGGGCGAAAGGAAUAAUUGUUUCUAUUUCAUUCUCCCCCUCCACUUUUGCCCAGUUUUGUGUAAUUUUUGUCAAGGUAGCUGUCUGUAAUCGUCUUUUGCAGCAACUUACAACGUCUAGUGCUCAGUGCAAUGGAAAUGCUGAGAAAAACAGAUACAAGGAUGUGCUUCCGUAUGAGGUGAGAUGGCUUAUGUCUUCCCCAUUGCCAAGCUGUUGACUCAAGCGUUUCUUUUGUAUAGAUUAGAAAAAAGUGCCUUCCCUCUGACAGUGAGACCUGAUGUUAACCUGUUAAGUUUUGACAGAUAUUCCAGUCAUGUUAUGGAUUUGAAACAGCGUUCACAUACUCCUCUUAGACUCAUUCAAUUGAAUUGACCACUCAGGUUUGUCAUUUGUUAAUCAACAGGAAACUCGAGUUCGUUUAAAUCCUCGGAAAAACUCAAAUGGUAGCGACUACAUUAAUGCAGACUUUGUUAAGGUAAAAAUCAUUCAGUUUGUUGUUACGACAUGUAUAUGCACUAGCAAUAUUUUUAUCGCAAAAAGGCAGUGAUUUCAUCGUCGCCGACUUUGUCAAGCUAAAGCAGUAUAACGGAAUGGGGCUAUUCUUAUGAGGGGUUUGUUUGUUUGCUGUUUUUUUUGUAACCACUCAUAAAAGGUUUAACUUAAGAGGUCAGGGUUUGCUGUUCCCGUAUCUUGUCUUUAACGUACGUUGAACCCCUACGCAAAUUUCAUAACAUUUGGUCACCACUGUGUAGAAACAGCGGUGCAAUUUGACCGCCAAUAAAAAGAAUCGCUGUCAUGAAGUUUUGCCGCGGUAUUUUUUAAUGGUGUCAAUGGUCGCAGUGAAAAGAAAUUAUCAAGGUACGCUAACUGUCAGUUAGCGGCUAUUUCAAUUACCUUUGUCGGUUUGGGAUCUGGGAUAAAGUGACAAACAUUGCAUUAAAACUAAUGCUAGGCUUAAGACAUAGGCAUGACACCAAAACCCAUCAGAGCCGGAUAGCACCAAGGAAGCAGUUCCGUCCUCCUUUGGACUCGACAGUUGCAAAUGGCUGGUGAAAUUAAAACUGACUGCAAAAUCUCUGUUGAAUUCUGUUAAGGACAAACAGAAAACGAGCCACGCUAAUAUCACGUGUCCCGGAAAGGUCGUCCAUGUUGUUAUUUUGAUGCCUUUUGAACCAGAAUUAACUAGGAUUUUUCUUCGGCUCUCACACCUUUCCUCUCCCUCCACCGCAUUUCUGUUGCUCCCUCCCUCCCCCCACUCCCGUCAUCACCACCACAACCAGUUAGGGCAGGUUUCAUUCGUGACCUUUUUUGCCGCCGAACCUCUUUACCUUCCCAAAUAUAGCCCGCCGAAUAUAGCCCCCAUAUAUCUUUCUGGUUUGGUUUACCUCAAGCAAAUUUUACCUGCAGUGCUCAUUUUUAGAUUGGAAAUGUGCGAAACUUAACAUAAUUAAAAGAGAACAAGUGCCAAAUAAGAUUCUUUUGCAAAAAACGAGAGAAAUAAAGGAGAAAAAAUUGCUUAUAAGUAGUAGUUUAAGGAUGAUUUAGGCCUGGUUUUGGUUCUCUUCGUUUUUGUUUCCCCCUUCUCCUCCUCAUUUUUUAUUGUUUUCGACCCUCCUCCUCCUACUACUAAUAACUUCGGAAGAGCAGGAGGGGGAGUGGGAUUGGUAAGACAUUGUGUUUCGUGCUAGAAAGAGCAAGUUUGCUUUCGCCCUCAUUAAAUUGCACGAUUUGCAAGCCAAGAAUCAGUGAACCGAAAUUUUAACAAUUUGUUGGACAGUGAAAGCGGCAGGAAAUAGAACUUGCAUAAUUACGUUACGACUCAGUGAUUUUAAGUCACAGGCGAAUUAGCACUUAUUCCUUCCAUCGAAUAAUUCAUACUCCUGUUCAGGCAAACCUAGGUAGGUCUUUUGUUUCUAUUGGAAGAUUGUUGCGCGAAAGUACAGUCAUUAUUUGGGCGUCACCCAAAAUAGAGUUUUCGAGAUCACUUGUUUUGAUUCAAAGUUGCAAUAGGCACGCAAUACGUGCGAACGUAAAUAAGCCAAGUAAAAAAGCAAAGCAACGAGAAUGUCUGGUACUCGAACGACUCGUACAACGUAAAAAGCAGGCCGGAAAGAAAGCUCUGUAAGCGGGGUACUUGAUCUCAAAAACUUUGCAACAAAGACACACAACAACAGUGCGGGUACGAAGAAAUUAAAAGCCGGUCAUUGCUCUGUCGAUUGCCAGUAAGCAGAUGUCCGCUCGGAGGACGAUUUAUGUUUGAAAAAGGUAAACUUACAAAUCUUAAGCUUACGGUAUUUUUUAUUGUACCUUGAAGCCUGGUGUUUUUUUCUGAAGUUUGAAAGCAAAUCUGUCAAAAAUAAUUGGAAUUGACGGGUUUAGCGUACAGCCAAAAUUCCGUGAUCGUGCAUGAGAUAAAUAAGGGAUUGUUUCAAUGAGGGGAUCGACAUGCGACGAGUAGCCAAUUAUAAAGUAUUUAUUAAAGUGUUUCGGCAGUUUGAUGUUUGUAUUGGAACUGAUUGAUGUUAGCCUAUUCAUUGUAGAUGUUCGGAAAGGAGGUGAUUUCUUAAAAUCUUAUUGAGCAAGAUGAUCUCGUAAACGAGUUGGAUUCUAUCACGUUCGAACCGUAAAAGGGGCAAAGUCCAACAUCUUCAAGGGCAAACUGCGUGCGUGACAGUUAUUUUUAAAACCCUUGGGUUAAUUGCCCCCGCAUCCCGAGGAGGCACCCUAAAUUCCCUACUUCCUUUUCAACACGACUUUUUCCACGGAAAUCGAACUCCAACGGUAAAAAAACAUGCUAGGAUCGUAGAAAUAGGAUAGCGUCAGGCAUAGAAACGAAUGAAGCUUUCCCAGCUAGAGAAACGAAUCCAGCAGGGGACUUUGACAAACUCAAAGGAUGUAAUCCAAAAAGGCCAAAAGUCGUCCCGCCGAAGUGGCUGCGCGUUGAGUUCGAAUUUCAUGGAAUUGGAAAGAGAGCAUGACGGCCGAGAUGCCAUCUCGUGCCUCCUAACUUGUGUAUUAUAUUGUAUGGAGGGUCAAUUUGAGCAAAUUAUCACGAAAAUUCGUUUGAGCAUUAAGGACAACAACAACUAACUGCAGCGUAAGUUUUAUUGACCUUUAUUUAGUAUUUCCUACAAAUCUUAGGCCCGGUUCAGACGCCGAACUUUUCAUGACCCGAACCUAACUAAGGCCGACCCAAACCGGUUUCACUGAUUAACAAACUACAUCCAUUAUCUUACUAAUCCACGUCCAAUAUAACUCCACGCCUUCCACUCCACACUUAUCAACCAACCCCUAAAAUAUACAACGCUACUGCGUUACUCACACAUCCCUAACACACACAAAAAGAUUCACAUACGCCUAGUACAACGACGCCCAAAUACACGCUCCCAGCGUCUUGUUAACAUGUGAAAGAAACGACUAUCCACUUAUUAGCUAUACCACUAGUCUUAUUAUACUACUAAGGUGGUCGUUUACGUCGUAUUUCAAAAAGCAGGGGCUAAUUUAAUAAAACUUUUACAAGAGAAACUUACAAGUGUAGCCAUUGUUUUAGAGUCUGAGAACAAUAGCUUCACUUGUAAAUUAGGCUUGUAAAAGUUUUAUUAAAUUGACGCCGCAUUUGUGUUGAUAUUGGGAUGGACAUACGUGUUCUGGGCUGAUCUCGUGGAAAAUGCUGACUUGAAUGACUUAUUGAGCUAUUUUUUCAGCUCAUAUAUCAGUGGUCUGAGCGUAUGUAUCUUUGUGGCUUUGUGUGUUCGGAUUUCUGUUGCAGGGGCCAAUAAGGUUGAAGGUACUUUGCUUAGGAACUUAGGAACUUUGCUUAGGAACCAGUGAGAUUUUGGCAUCUAAACAUGACGUUGCUGAGGGUCAAACAAGGGCACUUUGAUUCUUCUUCACAAUUGUAUCGUCUUUUAUAAGGGCUAAAGUUGUUUAGAAGUAGAACAUUUAAAUAUCUUCAUGAUUCAAACGCUGAGUACAGUGAUGCAGCUCUUUAAGGGUUGAUAUUUUAGUGUGGGUAGUACUUCAGGACAUUUCUGACCAAGUUCGGCUAUCGCCAACGGUACAACACACGUAUUUCAUAAUUUUUGAGUUCUGUUUCACCUGAUUCAAAGUAGAGUAGGAAACGUCAUAUAUUUUUCAAAGUGCUUCCAGUGAAACAACAAUUAAUAUUUAGAUAUGGGCUUUAAUUCGGAAGUAUGCGGCCUAUAAAUUGUGGUUUUAGAAGUUUGAAAGGCAGCUUAUUUGUUUUGAAAGUUGUACUGAGUAAGUUAAUCCUGUAAACAUGCUAUAUUCUCUCGCUUACAAAUUUCAACAGACCUUUUUCGUUCCGCAUUUUCAUAAAUGUACAGCAAUUCCCAAUUCUGCCCAAAAAGUUGUUAAUUUAGGAUUAAAACAGUAGAUUGUUAGUACGGUUACACUGAAGCAUUCAAAAUAGCUCAUGCACGUUAAACAUUCCUAUGUUUUCACUUAUAUACCAUUGCAGAUGAAAGUAGGGACACGAACAUAUAGAUACAUUGCAACCCAAGGUCCUAUGGAGAAUACAGCAACUGAUUUCUGGCAAAUGACGUGGGAGCAAAAUGUUCGAAUAAUAGUUGCUGCAACUGAUAACAAGGUAACCACUUCUGAGGAUGGUCGUACACAUAAAUGAUUGUUAUUUCGAACUGGUGUUUAACUUGUUCGAAAGCCGUGGUGUAUUUAAAGUAAAGCAUUUCAGUGUAUUAAUGGCUGUAAUGAUGCUUUUGCCAACAGAUUGAUAGCAAGAAUGCUUGUUAUCCUUACUGGCCAGAGGAUUCUGGAAGCAGGAAAUGCUUUGAGUCAUUUGAGGUUGAAACAGUGUCCGUCAGAGAUGCUACUUCAUUUAAGGUGCGCACAUUUUCCUUGCGCCAGUCAUCUCAGCCUAAGCAAAGUAGACUCAUUUUUCAUUUACACUUCACGGAUUGGCCGGAUCAUGGAGUACCUGAGGAUCCCAAGAACUUCCUUGGUAAGUGUUACAUGAUACCGCUUAGCUGAAUAAGCAUUGUACUGCUUAUAUUCUCACGAUUAUUUAUUUUUUUUAUUUUAAGAACAACAUCAAAACGAAAAAGUGGGUCCCCAAUUAUGCUCUACCCUAGACGAAACGAGCCAUUGUGUGUGUAGAUUGGGUUCAACGUUCAAUGCAGGAGUCUCUGUGACUUGCGACGAGCCCUUCCUUCUUUCAUGUAGACAGCUACUAAUAAAUACUGAGCUUUGUAUAAAAUUGAGAAAGAUGACUUAUUCCUCUUGCCAUGAGCUUGGAAGUGACAAACAUCCUGUGUCCUUACGAAAUUCGACCUUAGGUGUCCUAGAAUACCGGUUUGGCGCUCUGACAUCGCUAGAAUUGUGUGUUUUCGAAUUGUCUGCGCGUGCUAAACUCUUUUAAUAACCACUGUUUAUUGUCUUUGUUUUAGAAUUUCUGGACGAGCUAGAAUCUGCAAGGCAACAAGUCAGCAUAGGUCAAGGUCACAUAAAUGACAUGGAUCCAGUGAUGGUUCACUGUACAGCCGGUGUGGGAAGGACUGGGGUGAUAAUACUAACGGACCUCAUGCUCGCCUAUAUCCAGAGCAACCAGGUAAGCUGUCACUCAGGUCUUGGCCUCAUUUAUACAUUUGUCAUUGUAGGUCGUUCCUGUUUUUCAAGUAGUUAAGGAAACCGGAGGUCAAAGGCAUUAGGAGGUCUUAAAAAACUCUGGCACUCUCUCUCUCAAAGGAUCAUUGUCAAGGGAGUUGUAAGUGGCAACUUGAUAUCACACGCCACUCAGAGCAACAAAGCAACAAAAUACCUUAAAAAAAGGGUCCCUGUUGCAAUAAUGCAGAGGUACGACUUUGAUUUCGCGGCCUUUAACCGCGCUGCCAGGUAUUGAGUUUUUUUGUUAGCUUUAUAAAGAACGUUGUUUUUUCUUGAUAUAUAACUUGUGUGAGGUCUUAUUCCCAUUUUUUAAACUCCCCUCGCGGACAGAAAAUUUAUCCGCAUUCUUCAUACAAAAAACAAAGUAUUCUUUGAAAAUAAUCCAAAAUUAAUAGUUUCUCGCAUUACUUAAAAGAAUACUCGUCACUUCUUUGAAGAUCAGUCAGAAAGGAAUUUCCCCGCCGAAGCCAACUUCCGUUUAGUCAAAAUUCAGAACUCGUCACAUGCCCAUUAUAAUAUAACAGCAUAGCUGUCUGUUUCCCUUUCUGCAGCGAAUAAACGUUUUGAAGUCGCUGGUUGAUCUCCGAUGUCAGAGAAUGCUGUUAGUGGCAAACUUCGGACAGUAUCGGUUUGUGUACACCACACUUAUACACUUCAUCAAGAACAGCAGACUGAUUUAAGAAAGACUGUCUGAUCAUCAGCUCGUUGCACGCUCACAGCGUGUCGCAGGAUUAAUCACCUGAACGACUGGCCUGAUGAUCAGUGUGGAGGCAGUGCAGCCUGCGUUAUCACAGUUGGCCGUAUACUCCCUUAAUUUGGCUGGCUAAAAUAGUCAUCUGUCUGUUUAAAAGCGAGUGCGCUUUUACAAAAGUAUAAUUUAAUGGAAUGGCUAUGAUACCACACUAGUUGCGUACUAACGGAGCAGGUCUCCCGUUUGGGAACUCCUGGUCCUUUCGGCCGAGAGCUGUUCGUGUGUGAUGUAAUACUACAACUCCAUGUAUGCAUCUUUGUUAUUCCCCAAACCUUUGAUACGUAAAAAGUACCUUGUUGUGAACUCGACCAUAUUGACGUAUAUACUCAUACUAACUUCGAGCUCGGGGUAUUUUUAAAACUGCCAUUUUCACUGCAAAUUUGGUCCUGAAAAUAUAUUUUAUCUACUUGUAUUUAAUAUUUUGCAACAAAAAGACUAUAUUGUAAAUAGUUCCAGCGUGUCAUUUGUACCAGUAAUGUACAGAGAAGCCCGAUAAAAGAAAUACCCGUGGACUGUACAAUGAGUAAUGUCAAAACUCCGUAACUGGGGUGGAGAAUAUUGUUCAUUAUACCCGGUUCUUCGUUAUCGCUGGGUUUAUUUCAUCGGUCCCCGCAGUACUUUUUUGUGUGUAAUUCCCUAUUACUAAUAUCAAGAUAUGCGACUUACGAUUUUGUGGACAGAAGUGUACAUUGAGACCCUCUAAAUGAAAGGCUUCAGUCGAGGAAUAUUUUUUUGUGCUACGCAGGCUGAUAAUAUUUUCUUAUGCUGUUGUUAACACAGCACUUUGUGAUCAUACAGUGUAGUUUCUGUUUUGUUGU